AUGUCAAUCGCUUAUGGAUUCGAUCCGAAUAUUUCACCAAUUUAUGAAGAUGAUCAUGACACAUAUCAUUCAGUGCAUUUCAGCUCAGCCGACACUCCUAGAAAGUCUGGUCAGGUCAUGAAUCGAACCAUGGGUACCUCGAGAAUGGGCAGUAGUUUAUCGGAAGAUUUUCACCAUUUUCAUCAAGAAUGUGCUCCCGAAACAACUGUAAUGACAGAAAUAUGUGAAGAAAUAGUAGAAGAUUCAACAUCUCCUGAUGUAAACCGAUUGGACUACGCAAAUGAUAACCAAAAUUCAAGGAGAAUAAUUUUAGAUGAAGGAGAUGAUGAAACUGUUCCAGAAUCAAUUGGAUUUCUGAUCGAUACGUUUAUUGUGCUUUCAGCAGGAUGUUGCUUGCCGAUUCGACACCACUUAUCGAAAAAAUUAAUAGAAAUGGGUGCUGUGGUUCAAAAAACAGUCGAUGACCGUACGACUCAUAUAGUCGUCGAUCGUUAUGCGGAUGAAUUAAUUGUCGGAGCUGCAAUGUCUCGCCGUCCUCCGCCACUAAUGGUUGAUAUCAAAUGGAUUCAAGAAUGUUUAGAUAACCGAAAGAAAUGUGAAGAAACGGACUAUUCGAUGACCGGAUUACGGUAUUUGAGACAGACAUGUAGACGUUUAUCCAGUUUUCGAGAACCGUCUCCAUUAGGAGAAUUGGAAGAAACUCAUUGGGAAGAUAUGGACAAUGAUGCACCGACGGAUCCAGCAAUGCUUUUAGAAGAAAUUCGGAAGUUAUCAAAAAGACUUGAUGCGCUUUUAGAUUAUGCUCCUGUCAUCAAAUUCGAAUACCACUCUCCAGAUUGCCCCACCCGUCAACAUCCGUGCCCACAAUCAGCGCCUAUUAGAAGACCUACAAAUCCGUCGAAAUUGACUCCAGAAGCAUUCAAUCAAUUAUUAAUUUCUAUUUCAUCUGCUACCACAAUUAAAAGACGACGUUCAUUCACUGGAUUCAUUCUGAAUCAUCGAGAGCCUACGGAUAGUGCAAUUGAAGUACAAGAAACCAAUAAAGACGUCAGAGAAACUUGGGAAAAACCAAAAAAUGUCAAAAACCUUAAUAAAAAUGCUGGAAAACUUCCGAAGACUCCAAGAAAAGCCCCACAAAAAACGAUAAAUGACAUGCGAAAAACAAUGCCAACAGAUUUGACAAGAAUUCGGGACACUUUGGGAAAAAAUGCGACCAUAGGCAAGACUAGAACCCCGAAAAAAGCUCAAAAGCCAGUAAAAAAGCCUCAAAGUCGAACAAAAAUGGAACCAAUUCGAGCCGAUGAUUCAGAUAUUCAAUCAGCUUUGGCAUCUUUGACAAUCUCUGGUCCACAUAACCCAGAUAGAUCUUCCAUUGAAAUUCUGGACGACAAUUCCAGAAUACGAGCCCCACUGGUUCCCACGAAAUCAAACGUUAUCAAUCGACUUCAAAAAAGAUCAGAAGAAGAUGACGAUGACUUCAUUUCUGAUGUUUCUGCAUAUUUACAGCAAAACAGAACGGGAAGAAGAGCACGUACAACUGAAGAAGAAAAUGAAGAAAUGAGGGAUGAAGUGAUAUUUACUGGAUUUAGUAAAGACUCUUCAAUUGAGAAAAAACUGAAAAGUAUUGUCCGUCGUUUCAAAUUGAACAUCUCCUCCGAAAUCGACGAACGCCGUACAUUAUGUGUAAUAUCAAGACAUGGAAAACGAACACUUUUAGUCUUGAAAGCGAUAUGUUGUGAUAUUCCAAUCGUGAGACCACAAUGGCUCGAAGAAUCUUUCGAAGAUUCUCAACUACUUUCAUCUGACGACUACAUUUAUGACGAGUGGCUUCUGAUAAAAAAUAAUAAAAUUUUCGAAAACUUUCAUUGGAAGAUGUGGAUUUCUCCCGAUUGUCAACCAGACUCUAAAGAAUUGACAUGGAUGGUUGAGAAGUGUGGUGGAAAGAUCACCCGCCAUCUCCACAAAGCAGAUCUAGCAAUAGCACCUGAAACGUGGCAAGUUCCAGAAAUCCACGUAUGCCUCGAGGCUGUCACACCUCUUUUUCUAAUUGAUUCUAUCUCAAUGGCCGCAUUACAAAGCUAUAAAGACUACUAUUUGGAAAACUGA